AUGUCAACCGUAUGCUGUUGUCUCGGCUCACUGCCAAGUGCCGAAGUUGAAGGUUGUUCGGCGUACCGUACGAAUACAUUGAAAUUUAGGUACAUGAAAUAUCUGUAUCCGUAUGAAUGCGAGAAAAAGAAGCUGAGUUCCCCGUCAGAGCUGCAAGCGGCUAUUGACGGCAACAGGAGAGAAGGCCGCAGGAAUAGCUUCAAUCCAUAUUCACAGAUGUCGCCUACCCUGCUCAGUCGUCACAUCAACGGCACCAUAGGUAAAGCGUACCUUUGCCCAUGAUU